CGACCCAUCAUUGACGUCAGUAUCUCACGUGACUCCCGAAAGUUUUCGUCCCAGCGUGGUCGGCUUGAAGAACAAGACAAGAAACUUGCAUUUAUCCUGCACUGACAUAAACUCCGCCAAACGCGCAUACGCUGGCGUUUGCAAAGAGAGCUGAUCAGCGCGGCAUGUGCUAACUUAUGUUACUUUGCCGGCGAAUUUUGUUUCAAUUCGAAUCUACACGACCCCUCCAACGCGACUAUGCUUCAUCCUUACAACUCCGUACCUUACGCGCCCAACUUGGGCACCGUCGUCAAAUCCGGACGCGUCCUAGUGUCACUCCGGGUGCAGCCGCACUCCUACAGCUGCUUACAACUCCCCCGGAAUCACCCUCUCUCUACGAAUCCGAACUUGAAGCGGGGAAGGAUAAAGUGAAAACGUUACCCAUUUUGCAGGCAUACAGGCAUGUCCGCUUAGUUGACCGCUCGUCUCUUGCAGCCCUACCCAACUCCGCGUACAUCCGGCUGCUCGAUGAUGCUACGGAAAAGAGGCUAGCUGGAUUGGUCAAUCAGAUACUUCAAGACGCCCUGGAGAUCUGUCCGGAGACGCAGCGCUCAUCGUUGUACUUGUCCAUCCUCUCCUCUUCGGCAGUUCCACUCAUAGACUCUUCGAUUCUCACCCGCAUCGUAACUUAUUUCCCUCGUGCUGAAUCCUCGCUUCAGGCAUUGAAACGACUCCCUGUGCCACACCUCGCAGUGCUUCUACGGACGUUCGCCGACGCGGCCGAGAGCGAGUCACCAGUGUCGGUGAACGCCGAAGACUCCAUCCCCAACAUCAUGAUCCGGAUCCUGUCGGCCCAUUUCCAUCAUCUACGACCCCCGGCUGGAUCUGCCCUCCUUGCGUAUCAGCCGGACGAUCUCAUCCAUGCCUCUUUUGCGUAUGUCGAAAGGCUUCUCCAGCUUUCCGCAAACGAGCACGCUCUAAAACUCUUUCGGAUGUUGGUUGCGAGUGGCAAUCUUCCCUCAGAAGCAGUGCAGACAGUCCCGGGAGUGGAAGAGUUCGAUUGCAUUGUCCGUUACUCGCUCAUCAGAGCCUGUCUGCAUUGGCGCUGGCACCCGUUAGCCGCCCAACUGCUGAAACCGCUCCUCAAUUCUUCGCCCUCUCCGCCAGUGAUAUCUUUGGCGAUUGACGCUAUCUAUGCCUGUUUGAAUGAGCCGCUGCAGCGAGACUUGCGUGCUUGCCGAGCGUUGAUUGUACAAAUGCAUUACAUCGCACCCCUCCCCAACGGUAUCAUUCGGCAGUUCUACCUUGCAGCAGAGGAUAUCAACGAUGUCGAGGACGCGCGCGAGCUGUUUUCCUUUACCCACUGGUCGCAAAUCGUUGAAACGCAUCGCUAUCCUCCUCCGUCCCGAACGGCCAUCCCCUGGCUCACCAAGGCUCUUUUGGAGUCGCACUCCCCACUUGCGAAAGUCAUGGGCGAGGACAUAUACGCUCUGAAUCUUCCGCUUGCCCCGGAACAUCGCCCAGCCAUAGUCAGCGGUCUUGCUUCCCAAGGUCAUGCGAUUGUUGCCAGAGAUUUGUGGACCCGAUAUGCCCAAGCUCCUAGAGAUGGGGCUGCAUUCCGCGGGCAUCCCACCACGAUGCUGCGAAUGGUCAGCCUUUUGCAACACCUAAUCCGGCGCGAGCAGGAGUCUAUGAGACUAGCCCCCGCGUCGGCCUAUCCCCCUGACGACGACACGGAGCCGCAAUUGAUACAGGAUUUUCGUGGAAUUUUGGAGCACGUGCUGACGAGCUUUGCGGCUGCCCACGAACCACUGGAGACAGCGGACCACCGAGUGCUCACUUCGUAUACGCGAGCCUGCUUCGUGACUGGCGAUUACGUUCGCGGCAUUAAUGUUCUCAAGAUGAUGCUCAAGCGGCGGGAAGUACCAGAUGUCUUUGACAUCAAUGUUCUCGUUUCCGCUGUCGCAGAACACGACCCUCGCACGGCGGCUGGGCUCGUCGAGCGAAUGGCGAACAAGGGCCUCGAGCCCGAUCGCAUCACGUAUGGGACCAUCAUGCACCAUGCGCUGAGCCACGGAGACUCUGGCCUGGUCCAGCAGAUGGUCAAGCAAAUUCGGGGGCUCCGGACCUGUUUUUUGACCUACAAAUCCAUCGUGUCCCUGAUUCGCGGCAGUCUCUCGUUUGACACUCAGUCGCCACUGACCCAACGGGCCAAGCUCGGGGGGUCAUGAAUCUCAUCAAAUCGGUGGGCGGCUCGACCGUUGUCAACUCGCCACACAUCGGCAAAUUUCUCGUCCUCCGGGCGUUGGAAAUGGACGACCCUGUUAUGGCAUACCGUUUCUGGGAUUUGCUGUUGGCGAGAAGUGUGGGAUGGCACGACCGCGAGCAAGCUUAUUUGCGGGGACGGAUUUCCAAUGCGACGGUCGCUCAUCACAAGAGGGGAUGGAUCAAAGAUCACCAGAGACAGGCUAUGAUCUCUCACCUGCGAGCAAGGACUCCAGCCGUACGAUAGAACAUUGUAUAAUCUUGCUUUGACCUGGCAAAAGACCCCGAGAGCUGCCGAAAACGGACAUCUCGAUCUGGCAAGAUCUGGGAGGAUUGCUGAGAAGUUCGCUUUCAGCCGAGAUGCCAAUCUCUGCCGUGCCCAGAGUCCGGAGAUUGACCGGGGGACCCUUCUCGGACCUCGUGAUUGCAACCCAUCGUAACUUGGACAUUGGGAUGAAGGCUUUCAGCAGCGCUCGCCUGAUCCAGAGAGAGUAUAAUCAUUGGAUCGAAGGAUCAAUCGGCAGGCCAUAAAAUGAGGGCUGGCGAAGAGUGCGUGAUCACCUAGCUACCCCAGACUACUCAAACAGCCCCGCACUUGCGAAUGCCUGUCUCGCGGCCAAAGAAAGAAAACAAGAGCAUUUCAUCCGAUGAGGAGGUCUGUUCGAAGGAUUCCCCUAAUAGCAACAGCAAGGAUUCUGUCACCAAAAGUAAACGAAAGCGGCAAUCGCAGAGCUGCGACGCAUGUCGAGCGCGUAAAGUGCGGUGCGCUCGAGAAGGGGAAGACCCAAAGCAGUCUUGCAAGCAUUGCAUUACUUUGGGUAUCCCGUGCACAUACGAUUAUCAGCCGAAAAAGCGCGGGCCGCCGAAUCUCUAUUUGCGUCGACUCCAAGAGGCGGCGGCUGCCGCUGCCGCUGCAUCCACGACCGGGGAGACGACCGAGCCCGUGAUUUCGGAGCCCGAGCAGUCGGCAUCCCCGGUCUCCACCAUCGCCAGUCCGACGCAGAGUGUAGUUUCCCCGACGCUCGGCCCCAAAAGCCCUCCCUCUAAUUUCCUCGAGCCGUCCGUGAACUCUGUCGCGGUGCCGCCAUCCAGGUAUCAGAUCGCCGCCGAUACAUUCCACCCGCAGUUCAACUCUCCUCCCCCGUUCCACUCCUCGAACACCUUCAACUUGGGUGGCAACAGCGCAAAACUGGAUGAAUUCCAAUCUCCGUCGGAACAGUUCAGCACGUAUCCCCUCUAUAACUGGUCAUACAAACAACAUCAGGCGCUCCCCUCCCACCCUCCGAAUGUUGUCCCCCCUCUCUCAUACUAUUACCGACCCCGUCGGCUGGACGAAAUUGCUCCCCGCGAUACGAUCUCCUUAAUCAUUGCUCUCUUCUUCGACUUCGUGUAUCCCUUGACCCCGUGUAUUCACAAGCCAUCGUUCAUGGCCGACCUGCAUGCUCGGAGAGAAGAGCGAGACCCGCUGUUUUUUGCGCUGGUCAUGUCGACGGUUGCGUCCACGUUGGUUCAGCUGCCUCGGUCGUAUCUGCCGAUGGAACGUCCUGUGGUUCGCAAACUGGCGCAGACAUGUCACGAAGCGAGUCGCCAUAUCACGAUAGCGUCCUACGAUCCACCUACUUCGAUGCACGUCGUUAUUCGAUACUUUGACUGUGUAUAUCAUUUCUGCGAAGGUCAUGAUGCUACACAGCAUGCUGCGUUCGGGGAGGCUGCACACAUCGCCAUGACUCUUCGACUGCACGAGGAGGCCGCUUACGAAGGCAUGGACCCAAUUGAAUCCGAGGUCAGGCGGCGUGUGUUCUGGCUCUUGUUCGGAGCCGACAAGUCCAUGUCCAUCCUACUCGGCAGGCCGAUCUCUUUGCGAGACGAAGAUUGCACAGUGCAUUUCCCCAAAGAACUGGACGAUGAAUACAUCACUCCGAGUGCUUAUCUCCCUCAACCGCAAGGCAAGACAGCCAUCGUCUCCGGGCUGAAUUACACGUCGAGAAUCUUCGCCUUGCUUGGUGAAAUUCUUGUCAGAAUCCGUGUCGACAAGCGAUCUCCUCCUCAAGGACAGUUUGCGACUGCGCGGCUCGAAGAAGUGCAGUCCUUGCAUGGUCGGAUCAUGUCGGCGUUAGCGCACUGCUCAGAGCCUCUCCGGCUGAAGCGUUCUUUUUCACACAACGUGCCAGCUGAAUAUGGCGGCGCUGGCUUCCGGCAAGCCACCUUUGCCGAAGUGAAGGACUUUUUCGAUAACCCUAAUGCCUCACGAGAGAACGCCCUGAAUCCCUUUCUUGUCGUCCAAGGAAACAUAUACGUGACCCAGCAACUAGUUCGCUUUGUCAUCGAGCAAUAUCGGGACGAGCUGAUAUUGUCCAUUCAUGGAAGCAUCGAUGAACAAAAAGUUGGCGAGGAUCGUGAAGCGGUCGCCAGCGACCUACUCAACAUUCUCCACAGCAUUCCCAUCCAGUCUAUCGCCACAAACGGACCGAGUCUGGUUCACAAAGUCCGCUUUGUCGCGUCCACAUUACUCGAUGCUGUGCGGAAGGCUGAGACGGCACCGGCCUCAGCUGCAAGAGCACAUGCUUACCUGUGGGACUUCCUUAGCAUUCUUCCGAAAUCGAACGGAAUAUCUCCUCGACGACGAUCGAGAUGCGGCUCCUCAGGCGAUGGAAUGAGCAUGAUGACGUGAUUUCAGCGCUGCUUUCGUACACUUAUACCUAUCCCCCGCUAUAUCCCACCUUGUAUCGCGUGUUCAGUUAUCGUGUAUUGCUAUUUAUAUCACUGGAUUGUAUACUGUACCCAUAAUGUACGCUAAAUCAGCGUAGUUGCAUGCCAUGUCCGACGCGAGAAAUAGAGUUGCGAGAGCGUGG